UACAGCACCCUAUGACAAAAUGGAACCCACCAGCAGUGUGAGGAGACCUGAAAGUGGCACAUGGCAGAGUGUGGCGAUGGAGACAGCAGCAAUGGGAGCCGUACAGGGACCCAUGACACACUCUGGACCUGGCAGCAGCAUGAGGAGGCGGUACAGGGCCCAUGACAGAUUACGGCCCUGGCAGCAGCAUGAGGAGUCGGUAAAACUGGGGGCCCAUGCAGAUUACGGGCCUGGCAGCAGCAUGAGGAGCGGUACAGGGGCCCAUGGCAGAGUGGCGGAGCGUAAGCAGCUUAAAUUGAAGGCCAUACAGAGGCCUAUGGCAGAGUCUGGCGAUGAAGUCAGCAGCAAUGGGAGGCGUACAGGGACCCAUGACGCACUCUGGACCUGGCAGCAGCAAGAGGAGGCGGUACAGGGGCCCAUGGCAGAGUGGCGAAGCGUAAGCAGCUUAAAUUGAAGGCCAUACAGAGGCCUAU